AGCAUACCUUCAGAGGUCUAUUGGAAACCAAGCCUCAAUGGAUUAGGGAUCUUUGGCAACAAAAGGGAGCCUGGCUCACAGGGACGGACUGACCAUUUGGGAACUCGGGCACUGCCCGAGGGCCGUGGGUAAGUAAGGGGCCCCAUGAGAUGCCCCUGGUACCUUUCAUAGGCUUUUGUGGGUGUGUUUUUGAGUGUGGGCAAGGACACAGGGGCCCCAUGAUCCCCUAUUGCCUGGUGGCCCCA